AUGUCAUAUAAGCAUCUAUUGACGAGCCAGCCCAGCGAUGCACGAAAUCCUCUUAGAGUGAUUUGUCACGCAGAUUUAGAUGCUGCAUAUGCUCAGUUUGAAAGAAAGAGAUUAAACUUACCGCUAGAUGCACCGAUAGUCGUGCAACAAUGGUCAGGAUUGAUUGCUAUAUCCUACCCAGCCAGAGCAUAUGGUAUUACGCGUCAUGAGAAUAUUUUCGAGGCAAAGAAGAAAUGCCCGAAUCUUGUACCUGUUCAUGUAGCUACAUACAAGGAGGGGGUAGAAGAACCUGGUUACUGGAAUGAAAAGCCCAGCCCAGACAGCCACAAAGUGUCGCUUGAACCUUAUCGUAGAGAGGGUGCAAAAGUGCUGAAAUGUAUGCAGGAAAUAUUUGUCGGAUGCGAGAUCGAAAAGGCUUCAAUCGACGAACAAUACAUUGAUUUGACAGAGUUGGUUAGGAAUAAAAUACUAGAGAGGUAUCCAUUCCUGAAGCAACUCCCUCCAGAUAAGACGCUCGAUGACGUCUUACCGGAACCACCUAUCAUUUCAUUCGCAGAUGUCGGCAACGUGAUACCAACAUCAAGCGAGAAGGGUUCAGAUGGGGAGAUCAUUGCUGAUGAAGAAAUGCAAACUACCUGGGAGGAUGUCGCUAUCCAAGUCGGUGCUCAACUUGUUGCUGAAGCGCGUAAAAUAAUGUUUGAGAAGAUAGGCUAUACAUGUUCGGCAGGUAUAUCACAUAACAAGAUACUGGCAAAGCUUUGUUCGGCUUAUAAGAAACCAGACGACCAGACUGUUCUCCGAAGAGAUGCUGUCGAUAGCUUUUUGGGACCUAUGAGCUUCCAGAAAAUCAGAAGUCUUGGUGGGAAAUUUGGAGAGGCGCUUGCAGCACAUUACGAUGCAGCUACCGUUUCAGAUCUCUGGAAAGUACCUCUGGGAGAGAUGCAGCGCCAAUUUGGUGAAGAGAGUAUAUGGAUAUAUAACACGAUCCGCGGUAUAAACUCAGAUGAAGUAAAGGAACGUGUUAUCACGAAGUCAAUGUUAGCAUCAAAGUCGUUAAGGCCGCCAAUCAACACGGUGGGCGAAGUGCGACAUUGGUUGAAAAUCCUGUCAAGCGAAUUAUCCCAACGGCUGAAAGAGGUGAGAGGUGAAGAAGGCAAGAAGACUAUGUGGCCGAAGAGUAUCGUGUUAUCUAUGAAUCAGGUUUAUCAGUCAUCACGAUCACAUCAGGGUGCAUUCCCGUAUAACAACUCAUUUGGCCCUGAAUUAAUACAAAAGCAUGCAGAGAAACUCCUCAAAGAGUUUGUACGCUGCGACACGAAAGAAAUGCCUGAUGAACAUAAAUUAGGCUAUGACGUCAACAAACUCGCGUUGUCAUUUUCAGGGUUAGCAACGGUGGAAGCAGGACAGCGGGGAAUUGAGGGAUUUCUCGGUCAGAUGACUAAAAACGGCAAUGACGGCAAGCUAAAACGACAGCAUUCAACGGAUUCUACCAAAGCAGACAAAACAGAAAAAGCGGUGAAGAAGAAAAAGUCGAAAGGAACACCUCAGACAGGGCUCACAGCGUUCCUGACGAAACCUAGACAGGGACAAGAGAAACCAAAAGCAAAGAAAGAGACUAUCGAAAUUGAUAGCAGUGAAGAGGACGUAGCCGGAGAUGUAUAUAACUGUAAGGAAUGCGGAAAGAAGCUAAAUGUUGCCGAAAAAGUCGAGCACCUCGAUUGGCAUUACGCCAUGGAAUUACAAGACCUUGAGUGAUAAAACUUUUUAUAUUUUUUUAAUGUUGCGCUUCUUUAUGUACUAUUAUGAGGUUG